AUGUCGACAUGCAAAGAGUUGGAUGAGACCAUAUGUGUGACACCAACGUGCCAGCAUCCUCAGUGUUGGGCGUCUUUACGAAGAAUUGAGAGAGGAUAUCCUCAUUUCAGAAGUUUGCGGUCUUACAGCACAUUGUCCUCAGAAGAUGACGGUGGUCUACCUAUUCUUAAAGUCAUUACCCUACCGAACCUCCAGCCAUCUCCCGUGGGACUAGAUUCUCAUCAUUUACGCAUUAGUUCUUCAGAAACGAGACUUGCAGGACUGAAUUCACAAGCACUGUAUGACCAGAACAAUGAGAGUUAUAAGUGCAGUUCGGACAAGUUGUUCUUCCCGGGUCUCAAUUCAUGUGUGGAAUCAGAAGCAUCAAUUCGUAAAUUGUCCCCCAUGAAAUUGCAAAAAGUUGAGGUAUUGGAUAUCACUACAUCCUCAGCAGUGUCAUGUGAUAUAGGCAGAAGAAGACACACCCCCUUGGUCUGGGUGCCAAACUCACCGUGGAAAUGCCAGCAACAGGAACAGAAAAAAGACCACCAAGAGGAACCUUCUAAAGUUCGGAUUAAAGACCUCGUCUUUCAAACUUUUUUCUCUGAAGAUACAAAGAGAGAGGUUUUGUCAGGGCUUCAAAGCAAAAAAAACAAGAAAGUCCCAACAGGGGGAAACCCACAUAACGCGUCUAUUGCUCACUCGACUAUCAAAAAACACUCAAAGAUGCCUACAAGUUUUAAGAAGGAACAGACUGAAGAGCUAUCAAACGAUAAACAAAGAUUUAGUGGUCACAACCCAGACAAAAACUUGCUAACAUCACCAGCUCGUCAUGACCGUCUUCUGGAGAAUCGACGUAUGGUUUUAUAUGAUACCAAGGUGAGGCACCAGCAGUGUCCAGCAAGACAAGACACAAGCCCAUUAUACAAACUGGACAAAAAGUAUUUACAAAGUCUGGACCAGGAAGAAGUAGAUUUGGACAGUAUUAAGAACCAGUACUACUUGUGGAAGAAAUACGCAGACCAGGCCCAACUCCAUGGCAAAAUUAAGGUACCAGAUCAUCAGCGAACCAGAUUGCAGAGGUCACACAUGAACAAGCAGAGUCCACUGGUGUUUAGUGACUUUGGGCUCUUCCCAUGUGAUUCCUAUUCUGAGCGCAGUUACUUUAAGGAACAAGGACCUGAUACUUCUAGAGGUUCUGUGAGUUGCAAUACAGCACAAUCUAGUGGCUCCAACUCUAUGUCCUUGACCAGCCUUCUCGAGGGGGCUUUGUUAUACUCACCCACGUACAUCCCGCAAGAAUCCCAUAAAACGUCAGCAGCUACGAGUUCCAUUAGGGAAGUUCAAGAAGAAGAAGAAGAAUUUUCUGGGCCUGAUGAAAACCUCGCUCCGAGUUGCUCUGUUUCUCAGAUGAAAUUUACUGAGCUAGAACAAGAUCCUCUUACUACAGAUUUGGAAACAGAAUUUCAUAAUCAAUCUGCAGUCACACCCGAAUUUAUCCAAGAAGAUUGGAACUUCGUAGAGCCUCAACCCAUCCCACCACCACCCUCCCCAAUGACCACAGACACGCAAGUUGGAGACUGAUGCGUUUGUCAACAAAGAUGAUAUCAACAUGCAAUUUCCAGUCUUCUUCUAGAUUGGAUCCGCGAUUCCACGGGAUUUAUUAUUGAAAUGUUGCUGUCGAAAUAGCAAAGAAAUGUAGCACAGCUUGGAAAGCAUUUUUAAAGGGACAGGAAACCCCCCAAAAUGUCUCUCAUGAUUUGGAUAGAACAUACAGUUUUAAAAAACCUUCCAAUUUACAUCUAUUAUCAAACUGACUUUGUACUCUUGUUAUCCUUUGCAGAAGGAGCAGAAUUCCACUACCAGCAGCUAGCUAAGCCAAUCACAAGAGACAAAUGUGUGCAGGCACCAAUCAGCAGCUAGCUCCCAUUAGUGUAGUAUGUGUGUGUAGUCUUUUAUAACAAAGGAUACUAAGAGAACAAAGCAUAUUUGAAAAUAGAAGUAAAUUUAAAAGUGCAUUAAAAUUAUAUUCUCUAUCAGAAUCAUGCACGUUUAAUUUUUACUUUCCUAUCCCUUUAACCUUUUGGCUGCCAGAUAGGGAAGCAACUAAUUGAUUAGCAAUUUCAGCUGAUGAGGCAAUAUUCUAACAAGGCAAAUUAAAUACAGCAUUUUGAACAGCGCCAUUUCAGCACUGUUAGCAUAAUACAAUCAGUGCAAACAUUCUAAUGGAUUUGUCUGCUCAUGAUUAAUUGUGUUUUAACAGACGUGAUCAAUAAAUCAGUAUUGGUGAUUGUUCAUUAA